AUGAACAACAAAAAGCCAAAGAAGAGUGUGUUUGGAGGCUUUUUUGGUUUCAGGAGUGAAAAUGAAACUCUAAAUUUAGAAGACUAUCCACUGAGUCAGUGGUCCACACAAAUGGUAGUCAUGUGGCUUAAAACUCAGGGACAUGAUAAAAAGGUCUACAAAAUAUUUGAAAAGAACAAAAUCAAUGGUACAUUCUUUUGUCAAAAUGUAACAAAAGCAGAUAUUGUGAGAUUAGGUUUCACACCUGGAAUGGCCAUCACACUUCACAAUCAAAUUGAAAAACUUAUCGAACGUAUGAAAACAAUCAAUCCCUACAAUGUGGUUCUCAGCAGUAGACCACACUACAACACCUCCAAGAGAGCAAGUUCGAACCUGUCAACAUCAAGUGAAUCCAUGUCUCAGUUAGUGACACCUCCUCGUGCAUUGGGUGGUUCAAUUUCAUCCACCUCAGGUGCUUGUUCUCUCAUUUCACAAUCAUCACCAGGAUUUGCAGAACAUCAAAUUCCAAUCUUUGUUCAACACCAACGUAAAUUUUCAGUGUUGACAGAUAAAUACAUGAUGGAUUCAGAAGAAGCAUCUUCAUCGUCUCUUUCUGAUCAGAAUGUUUCAUCAUCCAAUGCUACCACAUCAUCAUCAUUGACUAAUAAUGGAGGUAUUACAAUUUCUGAGGUUGAAGUCGAAGAUGAUUAUUUUCUCAAAAUGGAAAUGGAGUCCUUCACAGUUCAAGAUAAAGCAGAAGAAGACAAGGAAUUACAAGAAUAUCUUGCAGAAACUCUCAUCAUGAACGAAGUUACUGCAUUGGAUUUGUCUUCGAAUCAAUCCUCAUCGUCACAACCCUCUUCUCCUUCUGGAAGUUUAAUUAGUGACACAAAUUCUACAGCAACCUCCACAGCAGCUAAUACAUCCAGUCCAUGUACGAUGCCAUCCUCUUCUUCCAAUUUAACAACCUCUUCUUCUGCUGCAUCCAACAAGUACUUGUUAGUUCCUGUUGCUCCAUAUUCAACACUUCCUGAUGAAUAUUUCUCUGCUUAUCAAUCAUGUUUAAGCAAUGUGAAUUUAUUACCAUUUCAAGUUCACAAUUUACAAAGUAUUGUUCAAGAUUUGAUCAUUCCAGAACGUUUCAUUUUCAAAUAUUUCAACAUCAAACAUUACAUGCCUGAUGACGAUGAUGAUGACACAGCACAGUCGAGUAAUACGCAAUCCUCUUCUUCAAAGAAUGCAGUGAGAAGUAUGAAGAAAACAUUCCUUAAAAUUCAAUUUGUUUUUAAUGCUUUGGAUCGUGGAGUUUGGUUUAAGAUGCAAAAACAAUACAAAACACAACUCAAAGGAUUUAAACCUCACAAAUUUGGAGUAUUUUAUCCUGCACUUCUUAUUGGACCAUUCCUUGUAGAAUAUACUCAUCAUGGAAUUGCAUUGGUGAGAAUUUCCAAGUCAAAGAGAGUUGUUGGACAUGAAAUUACAACAAUUACCGGUGCAGACAAGGUGAAGGAGGUUUUACAAAAAGUGUCACAAGUCUGUUGUGAAUUUAACGGUUCUAGAAAAUUCGAUAUUCAAAAGAAUAAUCCAAUGCAUUUCGUGUAUGCAGUGUUAGACAAACUCAAAAUGAGGAAACAGUGUGAAAACCAUCUCAGUAAGGGAUGUGUGAAAUCAUAUAUUCAAAAUUUGGAACGUUUUGGCUAUUACAGUAUGACAAUUAAUUUGCCAAAACAAAUUGCUACAUUAAUUGGAAAAGAAGAAUACAUUGUUGAUAGUCACAAAGAUUUGGAUGAGCUUCAUAUCAACAUUCAAACAAAUUUCCCAGAUUACUUCAACGAUGAAGGAAAGACUGACGAAACAUUACUUCAAAGUUUCGAUAUUGCGUUUUGGUAUUGGCACUUUGAAAACAAAUCAUUCGAAGAUUUCCGACCUGCUUACAGUAGCAAGAUUUGCAGUUGUCCUUUCAAUAUGCUCGAAAAACAUCCAAUCGAUAUGAUUGAAAGUGCCUCCAAAACAAGUUACAGAGGCCCUUCGUAUCAUAUUGCUCAAGUAUUGCCACCAAGACCUAGUGACUCUCCAACAUCAGCUUCAUCCCCCAACACCACUGAAUGA